AUGGGUGACUGGCGCAACAUCGGCAACUGGCACUGGAAGGAGAAGAACUGCUUCGACUGGGCCAAGAAGCAUUUCGAGGAGACACUGCCGCUGGUGGAGGUGUCCAAGGACGGCUUCACGGCGAAGGUGGACUCGGUGACCUCGGUGACGGGAGACGUGGACCUGAACAUCCGCAAGGGUCGGCUAAUCACGAUCUAUGACGUGGAGGUGAAGCUGGCGUGGACGGCGACGCGGGGCGACGAGACGCUGUCGGGCAAGAUCACGAUUCCCGAGGUGGCACACGAUACUGAGGAGGACGAGUACGUAUAUGAGAUCACGGCAGAGAACAUGGCGAGCGCGCUUCUGCCGCUGAAGGACUUUGUGCGCAGGCAGCUGACGCCGGCGAUCACGAAGCGGCUGGUGACGUUCACCGAUGAUCUGAAGGCGGCGAAUGGCUCGGAGAUGUACAUUCCCGAGAAGGAUGGCAGCAGCGGAGCGAGCACGCCGACGGUGAAUGCGGAUCUGGCGCGCGACUUCAAGCAGGGCAAGGUGGGCAACAGCGAUGUGGGCGUGGCCAAGGCCAACGAUGGGCUGAUCAGCACGGUUACGGUGACGCAGAGUGUCGAGUUUGUGUGCUCGGCCGAGGACAUGUUUGCCAACCUGACCGACCCGCAGCGCGUGUCUGUAUGGACGCGGGCGGCGGCGGAGAUCUCGGCUACCGAGGGUGCUGAGUACAAGCUGUUUGGCGGACAUAUCCAGGGCAAGAUCACAAAGGUUGUGCCUAGCAAGAGCAUCGAGGAGACGUGGCGGGUUGCGACGUGGCCAGCGGGCCACUAUUCCAAGGUUGUGAUCACGCUGGAGCAGCUGUCAUCGUCGACGCGUCUGACGCUGAAGCAGACUGGCGUGCCGUUCAACGAGGAGGAUGCGACCAAGGCGAACUGGGAGCGGUACUACUGGAACAGCAUGAAGGGAGCGUUCGGUACUAAACUCUUGCCCAUUACUCCUCCUCCAUACUGCACGCCGGCGACGUUGGCGCAAACCAACUCGUACGUGGACGACUUUUCGUCGAUUGCGAAAUCGUACCAACACGUCAUUGACAACGGCACAUCGAAACGGCGCAAAUCUCGUCGUCAACCGCGCCCGUCAAAACGGCCCAAAACGGCAACAUCUACGGUACUGGUGGCUGCGGCUGCGGUGUCUGCCCUCACGGCUGCGGUGGCUGCGUAUUACAAAUUCGCAAUGUAGCAUUGGCGGUCUCUAAGUGCCUGUACUUUAGUACAAAAUCCCAUGUUCAACAGCUCAGCAAAAUAAAAGCCCAUUUACU